AUGUUGGAGCUCAGUCAAAUCGCCACACCCCUGCGAGAGUUCAAAGGUCAUAAAGAGUGCAUGAUGGCCGCAGUCGCAGUGCUCCCCGAUAAACGACGCAUGGUUACGGGCUCAUGCGACAAGACGCUUCGGUUAUGGGACUUGAAGACAGGUGUCGUGUUGAAGAAUAUGGAAGGGCAUCGCAGUGACGUGCAGGUAUUGACUGUAUCAGGAGAUGGGCAAUUGAUAGCAAGCGGUGAUCUGAAAGGAGAUGUCAUUAUUUGGCACGGAGAAACUGGCAACUCACUCACCGAACCCAUCAAAGCCCACUCCAGUUGGAUCAACUCGAUGGAUUUUUCUCCUGAUAGAACAGUGCUGGCCACUGGUUCAUGCGACGGGCUGACGAAGCUGUGGAACACUAAAACCUGGGAGCAACAAGGAAAUCCAGUAAAGUGUGGUAGUGAUGUCAAAUGCGUACGAUAUUCGCCCUCUGGACAACUUCUUGCGAUCGCAACAAAAGACAAUAUACAAAUUUAUAAUCCAGGCACGAGAGAAUGCGUUGCAUCCUUCAAAGCUCACAAUGGAAGCAAUAUGUCACUCACAUGGACGCCCGAUGGCACACGCCUUGUCACAGGUGGCAGUGCUCUUGAUCCUACCAUACGCAAAUGGGAUACAACAACCUGGGAGCAGGUCGGUGAUCCCUGGAUAGGCCACUCUAGCCAAAUCAAUGCCAUUGCCAUUCACCCUGCUGGCAUACUCAUCGCCUCCGCAUCUGAUGACAACCACGUCUGUCUCUGGCGGCUCUCAGAUGGACAAAAUAUUGCAACCUUCAAGCACUCAUCUACGCCGUUAUGCGUCACUUUCUCCGUGAACGGCAAGCACAUCCUCAGUGGAGGUCAAGAUAAUAUGAUCUCGGAGUGGGCAAUUCUCGCCAUCACUACAGCCCGCGUUGCAUGCAUAGACGGUGACUUAUCUACCGCCGAAGGCCUACUCACGCAAGAUAUCAACACCAAUGUGAACAACCACGCUUCCUAUGCUCAUCGCUCAUUCUUGAUGGCUCGACAAUACAACUGGGACCGCGCCCUUCAGGAUGCAAUCAAAUCUAUCAGCAUUCGGCCCUCAUUGACAGGCUACAUCUCCAAGGGUAUUGCCCUCUGCGGAAAAGACCGCAUCGCGGAUGGGAGGGCAGCAUUUGAUGUUGCAUCAAUGUACACGGACCAAGAUCCGAAAAUCCUCCAUUUCCUGCUCUUGAUCAAAGCUAUUGCCCUCUUCAAUGCAGAUCAACAUGACGAGGCCAAUUUGCUCCUCAAAGAACUCGCUGCUGGUUGUCCGAAUGCCGAUGCUCUCCCGUGUGAUGUCGUGCAAGCAUAUCUGCGUCUUCAACUCGGAAUCAAGGUCUUAGAUGACGCACGUUACGAAGAAGCUGCUGACCAUUUUACCGCCGUUCUCAACUUCAGCGCUUUCUCAUCGAGUUCAUCCAUUCAUGCUAUGUAUGAGGACUUGGUGGUGCUCUUCGGCUGGGAUCUCGAAUCAUUGUGGCUCACUGCAAACCAGAAACGUUGUAAUGCACUCGUUCGGGCAGAUAGACUUCAAGAUGCCGUCAAAUCAUACCAAUACAUGACGGACAACAUCGAUGAAACAACGAAAGUCAGCUGCGUUGAAUGGUCCAACGGCAAGUCUUCACAAGAAUGCAGCGCCAUCUUUCUCACCAAGGGAGAUACUGCCCUCGCUGUAAACGAUUUUGACAGUGCUAUUCACUUAUACUCGGCUGCGAUCGACCUCACCUCUCCAUCUGAUGCUGUCUUUGCAAAUCGUAGUAUGGCCAAAUUAGGUAAAAAGCUUUGGGAGGAUGCGCUUCUCGAUGCGCAAAAAGUCACCGAACUCAAUCCUUCGUCGAAUGUAGGAUACCGGUUGAUACGUUUGGCGUUGCGUGGUGCGCAACGUUACGACGAGGCCAUCCCCUUCGAAAUUAUGUUGUCCAAGUGGGAUGAUUCUCCCGAAGCGCAGAUACGAUAUAUGCAUCAGCAGUAUGUCUGUCCAUCCGAAGCGGAGGACGCUAUUCAAAAAGCUGUUUGGAUGGAACUCGAAUAUGCCCCCCUACGUCUACUCAAUACCUCCACGGGUCUUUUGUGCGAUCGAGCGGCACAAAUAAAUGCCUUCAAAAUGAGUGCAGAGUACAAGGAGCUUUUGUCAUGCACAACGGAGCAUUCAGGCCUCCAACUGGACCGCAUCAAGGAAGUAGUAGCAAUAUACUUCCGCUGCGUCAUGCUAUCACACAGGUGGGAAGAGAAGGAGGCGUUGCUGCACGACAUCCAGGAUAAAGAUGUGCGCGAGUUGAAGGGAGUUGGCGGCAUCGCGAAAGUGCAGUCGUUCUGCAAAGUCGCUCGUGAUGCUGGGUAUCUUUGGGCGUGGAUGGACACAUGCUGUAUCGACAAGAAGAGCAAUACCGAGGUUCAAGAAUCGAUCAACUCCAUGUUCGUCUGGUAUCACCAUUCAGCGCUCACCAUCGUCUACCUAUGCGAUGUACCUUCUUCAUCCCCGCCCGGUGCACUGGCGAGGAGUGUUUGGAACAAGCGAGGAUGGACCUUUCAAGAAUUACUCGCUCCGAAAGUUGUGAUCUUUUAUCGGAAGGAUUGGUCAUUAUAUCUCGACGAUCGCUCUCCCAACCACAAAGAGUCCCCUGCAAUAAUGAAGGAGUUGGAGGAUGCGACAGGCAUAGAUGCGCGGGCUUUAAUGACCUUCUGUCCAGGUAUGAGCGGCGCCCGGGAGAAACUGCAAUGGGCAUCGAAGCGCGUUACCACCGUGCAAGAAGACGUUGCGUACUCAUUAUUUGGCAUCUUCGGCAUCACACUACCUGUCAUUUAUGGUGAGAAGAAGCAGAAUGCGCUCGGGCGGCUCAUGCAAGAGAUCGUGGCUCGGUCGGGCGACAUUUUUGUACUCGACUGGAUCGGAGAACCUUCCGAGUUCAAUAGCUGUCUUCCAGCCAUAUCACCUCCUACGCCACCCCCCCCCCACGCACCCUUUCACCCUUACCUAGCAUUGAAAUUUUAUGUCGAGCUUGAACAGCUUAGAGCUCCUCGCUUUGCAAACUGCAGACUUCACCUACCUUGCAUUUCAUACCGUGUCACGGAAGUCAGACGGAUGCACAGUCAAACCCAGGAGGCUCUCAUCAUGUAUAAAAUCAAGGCAGACGGGCUUCACGACCUGUUAAUCAUCACUAAGGAGACCCUAGUUCAGUUCUGGUGGGCAAAGCCUAUUCAGCAGACGUUCUUACUUGUCCGCCCAUGGGAUCGGUAUCUCCUCGGGGUACCUGACUUUGCAGAGCAGCUUGACUUUGCAGACGAUCCAAAGAGCAUAGAAGAUUGCACGGAGCCUGGGUCCCUCAUGGAUCACUCUGACAAGUUACCCGGCGGUUUGCCUGUUGAAGAGGAGCCUGGCUCACGAGCGUUGCGGUUAAUGGUUCGCCUCGGACAGCCUUUCGACGCAUUUUUGCUAGCGCAGCAGCGUGUCGGAGAAUACAAGAGGAUCGCGUCGGACUAUAACAUCAUUGCACAAGUCAAAGACAUUGUAUCGAUUGAUAAUAUGGACAUCGGUACGGCAUCGGGUGCUAUUGCGUCGCUGUGCGUUCAUAGUACUCUCCACGGCUCUUUUCUUUCUACUAUGGCAACUUCUGCUUCAUUGCACGACCAUGUUGGUCUUCAGAAUGAUAAAAAGAAAUUUUGGCGAUACGAGAGAUUCACCGCCAACACCAGUGCUUCUACCGAAGAUGGAAUCUAUCUAUUGGAUGCGGGGACAACUAUCGGUCCUAUCAUUGAUGAUGAAUGCAAAUUUGUGCAUGUCUCUUUGCCAAUGACGUACCUGACUAGUGACUUCUUUUGGUCUUCGUAA